AUAUGUUCUUUGUAUUCUAGAGUGGUCUGUGCAAAGUAUUAAGGCAAUGGUGUUUGUCGUGUGAUGCGAAUCCACACACUUUCUUCCCUCGUUGCUACAUGUUUAGUAAGAUAAAUGAAAAACAAGCAUUCAUUGAUGACUUUACCAUGACUGCGGCUUGUGGUAUCCUAAAAUGGGUUUUGAGAACCAAUGGGAAGUCUUUGCAAGAUGAAGUUAUUCCCAGCCGGAAAGAAAAGGAAGAAAAAACGGCUAUUUGCAUGUCAGAUGCUAAAAUAAACAAUCAUGGCCCUGCAAGAAUUGUUCCAGAAGAUAUUAUAGUAACAGCCCUUGUGGCUUGCCAGUUUCAUCUGUACGACUUGACACAUGAGGAUGAAGACGACAUAAUAUGUGCCGGGAUAGUUGAUAGAAAACAUUUCAUAAGUGACUACUAUCAGGUUAUGCAUCAUGGUGCGCACAUACAGAAUUCAGACAAGUAUGUUGAUUACUGCCACCAAUUGUUAUGUAAGCUGAGAAGAGUGAACCCACAACUAGAUAUAGAUGGAGAAAAAAACAUCUGGAUUUCAAAACCAAGAAAUUUAUCUAGAGGAAGAGGGAUACGUUGCAGAAAUGAUCUGAAGACAUAUGUUCCUUGGAAGGAAAUGGGUGGUUGA